GAAAAGUGCGCCCAUCUGGUUUGUUUGGGUCAAAGUCGGGCCGGAAUACGUGACUCACUUCGGCUCACCACCGCAGAGAGCUGGAGCGCUCACGCCAACUCAACCGUCAGUGACGUAUGCGUCACGUGUGCGUCUCUUCCCUCUGUACGUCCGUCGUAUUUUCCUCCCCUCCGCCGCCUGCCUUUUUAGCCACAGUCGAGAUAAACAAGCGGAGAAAGGAGAGCCGUUUGUGGGUCCUGGUCCGGUACCGGUGUCACGUUUUUCUCAGCCGGAGGACAGAAGGGUCUCACACCUACAAGUUACCAUCGCUGGAGCCCGAAGCCCCCCCGGCCGCCACCGCCUCCCGCUAACGUAAACUUUUUAAACCUGUGCUUGGUGACGGUUGGACUCUGACAAAGGAAGGAUUGCUCUAAGAGCUCAGAGAUCCACUUGGACCAAUGGACAAGCCCUGCUGUCCUCCUCCCCCCAUGCCUGGUCUAUAGUCAACAAGAAGUCCGUCUUCACACCCUCCUCUCAGUCAUUCGACUAGCCAUUCACCCUCUGUGAUCGACACCAUGGCCAGCAAAAGGAAGUCUACUACUCCUUGUAUGAUUCCAAGCAAGAUUAUCCGCUCCACAGAGGAGGUGGAGCGGGACUUGCCAGUUCCUCUCCGUCAGCUCAGGAUUUCUGGAGGUGACAGGCUGAGCCCGCUGGUCUCCGUUGAGUCUUCCAAAGCAGAAGCAGCUAAUGCUGACAGGGACGGUGCUGGCACGUACACCUGUAGGCCGUGUAGCUUUGGAACGCACGACCUUAACUUGUUCUUGGAUCAUGUCUACACCGCGCAUCCAGACUUCCGUGCUGACCCUGGCUUCGUUUGCAGAAGCUGUGGCGUUUCUGCACCCAAGUUCGAGGGGCUGGCCCUGCACAAUGCCAGGGUUCACCCCAGCACACUGAACACCACCCUGCAUCUGAGGAAAAGGGACAGGAGGGUGGUGGUGGAGCAGCAUGUGGUGAUCAGCACUGAGAUGUGCAAAGACAGUGAGAUUUCUAUCACCAAAACCCCAAUCAUGAGGAUGCUGAAGGGCAAGUCGGAGCCCAAACGGAUUGUGGUGUCGCACUCGGUCUCCGACGAGCCUUCUUCUGAUUUGCACUCAGCUUUCAGAGAGUCUGACAGGAAAGAAGCUGCCACCGUGACUGUCACCCAUGUUCCUACCAUCGUCCAUAAUGGAACAUCCAAGGCCUCGCUGGCCUCAGCAAUUCAGAUCGUUAACGGUACAACAUCGUUACCGAUUCUGAAAACACCCAUCACACAGGUGGUGUCUGUAUCUCAGAGCAGAAACGUUCAUCACCCAGCACCAGUUAUAGUGUCUUCCAGUGCUUCCUCAGCUUUGUCAUCAUCCACUCAAAAUCUUCCCAAGGUGAUGAUUCCUUUGAGCAGCAUCCCCACCUACAGUGCCUCCAUGGACUCUUCCCCCUUCCUGAAGACCUCCUUCAGUAAGUUCCCAUACCCGACUAAGGCUGAGCUCUGCUACCUGACUGUGGUCACCAAGUUCCCUGAAGAGCAGAUCAAGAUCUGGUUCACAGCUCAGAGGCUGAAGCAAGGCAUCAGCUGGUCUCCAGAAGAGAUCGAGGAGGCAAGAAGGAAGAUGUUCAACACCAUUAUUCAGACGGCACCAGCCAGUACGCAGAACCACACGCAAAGUCACCAGAGCCCGGCGCAGCACACCAUCACUGUCCUGCCGGCCUCCCUGGGCCCAACGGGGAUCCCUCAGUUUCUGCAGGGAUCUCUUGUCAGCCAGGGGGGGGUGAUUGUGACUCAGCCUGUGGUGGCUAAUGGGAUCCAGGUCAGCAGUGCCCCUGUGGCCCUGGCUGUCACUCCCAAGCCCCAAGCAGCAGCUCGGCCCACAAUGCAGGCCCGGCCAGCUGCAGCCCUGGUGGCGGACAAAGGCGUCAGCAUGGUGGUCGGAACGGUGGGCAGCAGCAGUGCUGGGAGCAGCAGUAAAAUAGGGGGAGGGGCCAGUACUAACGGGAAUCAGUCUGGUGUCAUCAACCUUAGUCUUGGGGGCUGUAGUCAUGGUAACACUAAGGUGGGCAGCAGUAGUAAACAGAGUGGUGCUGCAGCUGACUCCAGUGACAGGAGCGGCCAUGUUUCUUCUGAGCACACGGAUGUAAACAAAGUCAAGAAGAGUGAGACUAAAGUCAGCUCGGAGAGUAAAGCUGUCAGCAGCAGUGAGCAGAAGAGCCAACCCCCUGAUGGCGGCACUAAGAACAACACCAGUACGAACACAGAGGAGGGGGAUCUCGCUGCUCGUGACUCCCCAGCUAUCAAAAUGGAGGAGGCUUCUUCUCCUGCCUCUAAGUCCUCCUCCCCCCCUCCUGCAGCACCUGGCAGCAGCACUCCUGGCUCUCGGACGCCUGUGGGCACGCUGUUGGACCCCAGCUUCUACAAGGGCAAGAAGUCUCAGGAGCAACUCAACAUCCUGAAGGACAGCUUUCAAAUGAGCCAGUGGCCCGACCAGGAGGAGGUGGACCGCCUCAUCGGUCUGACCAGCCUCACUGUGAGAGAGGUCCGCAAGUGGUUCAGCGACCGGCGCUACCACUUUCGGAACCACAAAGGCCCUCGCUCCAGCACAGCAGGGCAAAGUAAGCCCAGUCCAGCGUCUGCUGCUACAAAUACGUGUGUGAGCAGCACCGCCUCUGAUGGUGCCACACCCAUGGAUCUGUCAGAAGGUAGCAGCAACUCCGGUGCAAAAACUCCACAGCCGAGCUCCCGCAAUGCCCCCCCGAGCCCACCUGCAUCACAGACCCCCACCUCUCCCACCACGCCUUCACGUCGACUCCCCAAAAUGCCCUCUCCGGAUUUCACAGCCAUCCGUUACAAGGAGAGAGAUCCGCAUCAGGUUAGGGCCCUGGAGGCCAGCUUCACCCAGAACUCUGAUCCCUCAGGAGAGGAAGUGGACCGACUGCGCUCGGAGACCAAGAUGACCAGGAGGGAGAUCCACGGCUGGUUCUCUGAGAAGAGGAAGAGGGUGGUAGCUGAAAGAAAGAAGGACGAGAUAGAUCGGGAGCAGAAGGAGGAUGCAGAGGAGAUGGAGAUGGAUGGAGAAGAGAGACAGAGGGAAGAUGGUUCAGAAGAACCAAAAGUCAACCCCAUCAAAAUAAAUCUGAAGAUGCUGAAGGUGACCGAAGCCAAUGGCAAACCGGAGGGUGAAGGGUUGGAUAAUCUGACUGCACUGUCUCAAUCCAGCAGCAUGCCUGCUCCCACCACCACCAGCACCUCCUCUAGCACCCCUAAAUCCUCCCAGCACUCCACACCAACACCAAAACCAUCUCACUCACCCAAACCCUCACCUGCCAGAGGCAAGAAGACGGCAGAACAGCUUCACCUGCUCAAACAGGUCUACGCUCGAACCCAGUGGCCCAGUGCCACUCAGUACGAUGAACUGAUCUCCGGCACUGGGCUGCCCAGACCUGAGGUGGUGCGCUGGUUUGGGGACUGCAGAUACGUGCAGAAGAAUGGACAGCUGAAGUGGCUGGAGGAGUACCAGAACAUGGCUCUGAAGGAGGAAAUGCAGGAGGGGAUCACAAAAAUCCUUCAGGAUCACCUGGACCUGCAAGGAAGUCUAGAAGACUCCCAGUUGCAGGAACUGGCUGAGAGGAGCGGUUUGACAACAGAUCUGGUGCGGCACUGGUUCUCCACCCAGGCGUCUCCACUAGGGAUGAAACAAGCUGCUGCUGCUGCUCAGACAACAGGAGCGGGACUCGUUGGAACAGGCGUGGCAGCAGAACCACCGACAACUGGAUCCUCCCCCCUUGAGCCGCAGCCAGGAGGCGGGACAGAGGAGAAAAUGGAGCAGUCGGUGUGCGGUGUCACAACGGGAGCAGAGGAGGCCAGUGCUGAUGAAACGGUCAAUGCUGCUAAAGGAAGUGAGGAGGCCUUUGUAUGAAGAUGGGAGCUCACAAGCAGGUGGUCUUUGUUCUAGGAGUCGGACUCAAAGGCAGCAGAUGAGUUUUGUAACCAGAUCACUGGAUGGAAACGGAUCCUGACUAUGGCACACACCCCUCUCCACCCCCUCCCUUAGAGGUAGGCAUGACCUCCCCCCUGGAGAUGGACAUAAAAACCGACUCCCUACACCCUCCCUCUGACGCCUUGCUUCGCCCCAUGUCGCACACACACAACCUCUUGUCGGCCAUUUUCUUCUAUCGGGGGAGUUUCCUGUAGAUGAAGUGAAGGGGGAGGAGCUGACGGUGUCGUGCUGCCUGGUUUCCUCCACCUGCCUGAUGUAACGGGACAAACUGCACAAGUCUUAGCUGCAGGGUGUUUGCCAGGGCCUUAGACAAAACUUUCUGCUGUUAGGUUAUCACGUUGCUGCUUAUUUUACACAUUCUAGUUAAGCUGCUGUCUAAUUUUCAUCUUCAUUCUUACUUCAAGUGGAAAAAUAAUCCAAUAUUCUUCCAAAAUGAGGCAAGCACCCUGUGGCUUCAAGAACAUCCAAUAAGACAAAACGGACUUAAUGGAAUAUGGUUGGUGGUAGCAUCAAGUGCUUUUUUUUACGUCACCGACGUGACGUUCACAGAACUUUCUUAUUGUUUAAACUUGACUGAACUUUCACCAGAGUUCCACACUUAGGCCUGAUGUACAAUUUUUACUGAUGCAUUUGCAGAAUAAACAGAAUGUAAUGAACGUUUA